UCUACAAAAAUAACACAAACACACUCACACCUACCACAUAUCUAAAGACAAAUAUAAGAAAUGUACAAACAAUCAAAAGAUGAAUAGAACAAACACAGCAUGACACCUGCACGCACUCACAUGAAAACAACCUUUUGACACAAACAAACAACAAACAUGAAAACUAUCAUGGGAUCAUCACAGCAAACACAGCACGACAUUUUCACACACAAAAACAACAACAGCCACCAGCAAGGCUGAUCAAAAAAGUAUAAAUAGAUGGCAAAAGUCAAUCAGCGUGAUCAGUGUGUGUAAAGCAGCGAAGAAGCAUCAUCUAAAGUAAAAUAUUUCAAAAACUCAUUCACGUAAACAGGAAAAAAUGUCUGAAACCAAAACGGAUAAAGUUGUCAGAUCACUCGUUACGAGGAGCAAACUCGCAAAUUUUCCCUUGAUCUUCGAAACACCCGAUAAACUGCGAACGAUGUCUCAAAAUGAAAAAUUUGUACGAAAGAAGGCUUUUGACAAUUGCAUCGCAGCCGAAAUGCGACGUCAAAAGAGUGAAUUUUUCCAAGAGCAGCAAAAGUUUAUAGCCCAGCAACUAGAGGAGAAUCCUGUGGAGAUCGGUGGUCGCACACACUCGCCGAGCAGCAGCCUUGAAGAGAAGAAGUCUGCGCAUGCGGAGACGGAGACGGCUGACAAAGCCACAGCAGUACUUCGGGAGCAACGCGCCGCUUCUUGUCGGAAAUCGCGCAUGAACAAUAAGCUGAAAAAGGAAGCACUAAAGCAUCGCAAUGAUUUUAUAACUGCAAAAGUGGCGGUUACGAAGCACGCACUCGAAACUGUAACAUCGAAAUUGCAAAAAGCGCAACUGUACCUGCUAAGACGUGGCUUUGCUGAAACGCAUAUACAGAAUAUUCGCAGCAUUUAUGGCGUGGGUAGUAUUACUCUGGAUUGAGCAAUGGAAAAUACAUCAAAUGACCGAGAAAUACCGUAUCACAAAUAAUCGAAAUCGGUGCGAAAUGGUUCUAGAAGUUAGUUUUAGUUAACUUUUCUACUCGUAUAUUAUAUGCAGACUUUAUAAUUAUUAUUUUUAAACUUUUACUUUAUGUUAUAUAUUUUAAUUUUCGAGAUUUCAUAUGUCUAAGAAAAUAUAG